AUGAGGGCAACCAUCUUGUCAUCGCUCGUCGCCGCCUCAAUUGCUCUGGCUGCUCCUCAGCUGCAGAAGCGGGCGCAGCCUCAGGGAAUUGACGUCUCCGGCUACCAAGGCUCUGUCGACUUCGAGGCCGCGAAAGCGAAGGGAAUCGUUUUCGCUUUCAUCAAGGCCACGGAAGGUACCACUUACCAGAACCCGGACUUCUCGCAGCAAUACGACAGUGCCACGAGCGCUGGCGUCAUCCGCGGCGGCUAUCACUUCGCGCAUCCCGAUACCUCGACAGGCGCAGCACAGGCCAAGUACUUCCUCGCGCAUGGUGGUGGAUGGACGAGCGAUGGUCUCACGCUGCCCGGCGCGUUGGAUAUUGAAUACGGCGCCAGCGCGGAGUGCUAUGGCUUGAGUGCGAGCGCGAUGGUUAGCUGGAUCAAGGACUUCAGCAAUACCUAUCACUCUUCGACAGGCGUCUAUCCCAUCAUAUACACAACGACGGACUGGUGGACGACAUGCACAGGCAAUAGCGCGGCCUUCGGCAGUACGAAUCCGCUCUGGCUCGCACACUAUGCGAGCUCCAUUGGAACGACACCUGCUGGCUGGAGCUAUGCUACAUUCUGGCAAUACGCGGACUCAGGUUCGAACCCUGGCGACCAGGAUCUGUUCAACGGUGACUUGGCUGGCUUGCAGCGUAUCGCAAAGGGUUGA